AUGAUUCUCCAGCACGUACCUCUACUCGGAGUAGUCGGAUCAUGGCUGCUGGUGCAUCAAACAUUACUGAAACAGCCAGCAUCCGCCGAGUUGGAAACGUUCGACUACUGCAUCAAGGCGAAUCCAUCGGUAGGGUUACUGCAGUGUGCCGGGCAGCAGGCACUAUCCUCGUUGCAGUUUCUCGAAGAAGCCAACAACCUAACGCUGGCCAAUGGGCUGCUGAUGAUCAAGGAUGAGUCGAAUCCCUCGGCUCGGAUAUUGCCAAACUUCAUCGACCAUGAUCCGUUGGAUUUUCGCGGAAUCCUGGAAAAUGCUGGCGCCGUGAUAUCGCAACGACAGCUCCUCUGGGAUAUGGGCAUCAUCUAUCCAGGGCUGAAACUCAAGAUCGGACCAUCGCUCGGGACGGCCGGGGUGCUGGAGUUUGUGAUGGAUCCGGGCGCACGGAACGACGAGCGGACCUACUUCGAGGAGAAAUCGACUGCACGCAUCUUAAAGCGCAACUUUAUCGUCCCCUUCCUGCUCGGACUCAAGUUCAACAUGGCCACGCUGCUGCCGCUGGUGUUCGGCGGUUUGAUACUGUUGAGCAAGAAAGCUCUGAUACUGGGCAAAAUAGCUCUGUUCGUGUCGGGCCUGUUCGGCUACGGUAGCAUCUUUUCGCCCGGGAUCGGUUAUGGGUUCGUACCACCGGGACUGGGAGCGGGCUUCGGAAGCUUCGGUGGAUUCCCCCAGAGACCGUACCGGUACAGUGACGCUCUCAGUGAUAAACCGGACUGGAGCGGUCAGCAUUCUCCGCACCAUCACCCUCCCACUUUACAGAGUGACAGUGGCUAUCAUCAGGAUAGUCAUUUGCAAAGCGGUGAUGGCACCAGCGGAGGUUAUCCUUCCUUUGGCAAAAAGACGGACAAAUUUUUGAAUCUGGAUGAACGAUUGGAACCGCAAGCUUCCAGUUUAGUUGAUAAAUUUUACGAAUUUGAAAAGCAGCAAAUGUUGAAGGAUCGAACUGCGAGGUUAUUCGAAAGAAAGUUUUACGAAGCCGAUCGUGAGAAGGUAGGCGAUGGUGGUGGUGGUGGGACAGGAAGUGCAGUUGGCACUAGCGAAACAACGAAAGGCGAUGGUUACACAUUCGUGACGGCAGCCAUUGAUAACGGAGACCGGAAUGGACGGUCCCUUCCAAUGGAUGGUGGACACAGGAACUUCGCAUGGAGCGAAGCUUGA